CCUCCAUAUCGAGUUAAAUCAUUGACUGUUGUGUUUUGUGACCUAUAAUCGAUUUUUUGGGGCUGUUAAAGAACAGCUGACGCCACCAAAACAGAGCCGAGAAAGCACAUUACGGAAACGUGACAGAAGGAUCGUUACAUAAAAACAGAUUCUGACCAAUCAGAGCUCCCCGUUCCAGACUCACCGUUCCUGUGGGCGGAGACAUCCACGCAGUAGAGACAUCCUCUGAGUGCCGAAUGUUCCUCUCUGCUGUGCAGUAAAAUCAGAGGAGACGCUCAGCGAUGACGGUCAACACCGUCCACUGGUUCCGAAAGGGGCUGCGGCUGCACGACAACCCGGCUCUGAGGGACUCCAUCCGGGGCUCGGACACCCUGCGCUGCAUCUACAUCCUGGACCCCUGGUUCGCGGGCUCCUCCAACGUGGGCAUCAACAGGUGGAGGUUUCUGCUGCAUUGUUUGGAGGACUUGGAUGCAAGUCUGCGCAAACUCAACUCCCGCUUGUUCGUCAUCCGAGGUCAGCCGACAGACGUCUUCCCGCGACUCUUUAAGGAGUGGCAGAUCACCCGUUUGUCCUACGAAUACGACUCCGAGCCCUUUGGGAAGGAGCGCGAUGCUGCCAUCCAGAAACUCGCCAGUGAGGCGGCGGUGGAGGUCGUGGUGCGGAUCUCGCACACGCUCUAUGACCUGGACAGGAUCAUAGAACUCAACGGAGGACCGCCUCCUCUCACCUACAAACGCUUCCAGGCUCUGAUCAACCGGAUGGACGCCGUGGAGCUGCCGGCGGAGCGGAUCACCCUGGAAACCAUGCAGAGCUGCGUCACCCCCGUCAGCGAGAACCACGACGAUAAGUUUGGGGUUCUGUCCCUGGAAGAGCUCGGUUUUGAAACGGAGGGCCUCCCCACCGCGGUGUGGCCAGGAGGAGAAACCGAAGCCCUCCUGAGGCUGGAGCGCCACCUGGAGAGGAAGGCAUGGGUCGCAAACUAUGAGCGUCCUCGAAUGAACGCCAACUCCCUGCUGGCCACUCCCACCGGCCUCAGCCCGUACCUGCGCUUCGGGUGUCUGUCCUGUCGGCUCUUCUACUUCAAACUCACUGAUCUGUACAAAAAGGUCAAGAAGAACAGCAGCCCCCCUCUGUCGCUGUACGGACAGCUGCUGUGGCGGGAGUUCUUCUACACCACUGCCACCAACAACCCCUGCUUCGACAAGAUGGAGGGAAACCCCGUGUGCGUGCAGAUCCCCUGGGACCGCAACCCGGAGGCGCUGGCCAAGUGGGCGGAGGGCCGAACGGGUUUCGCCUGGAUCGAUGCCAUCAUGACCCAGCUGAGACAAGAGGGGUGGAUCCACCAUCUGGCGAGGCACGCGGUGGCGUGUUUCCUCACCAGAGGCGACCUCUGGAUCAGCUGGGAAGAAGGCGUGAAGGUCUUUGAGGAGCUGUUGUUGGAUGCAGACUGGAGUGUCAAUGCAGGCAGCUGGAUGUGGCUCUCCUGCAGCUCCUUCUUCCAGCAGUUCUUCCACUGUUACUGCCCGGUCGGGUUCGGACGCCGAACAGACCCCAACGGAGACUACAUACGGCGCUAUCUGCCGGUGCUGAGGGGUUUCCCGGCCAAAUACAUCUACGACCCCUGGAACGCUCCUGAGGAGGUGCAGAAGGCAGCCAGGUGCAUCAUCGGGGUGCACUACCCCAAACCCAUGGUGCACCACGCCGAGGCCAGCCGCAUCAACAUAGAGAGGAUGAAGCAGAUCUACCAGCAGCUGUCCUGCUACCGGGGGCUGGGCCUGCUGGCAUCGAUCCCCACCAAUCCCAGCAGCGACGCCGACGAAGGUCAACGGGGGUCAUCCGAGGUGCCAGAGGGAGCCUCGCGCUCAGGAGGAGGACCGUCGACGCAGAAGCGCCGACACGAAGACGCUCCGUCAGCCAGCAGCUCCAGGUCCCUGAAGCAAAGCAAGCUGGGCGGAAGCUGCAGCAGAUGAAGGACGUCAGUCGCUCUGCUCUGCAGACGAUGAACCAGACGGGACCUCACAUUCACAGGACACCAUCUGGUUUGGGUUUUUUAGCCCUUCCUCUGUCCUGACGCUGGGUUUGAGGAGCUGGACCGAUGCGGGUCAAGUGUGAAGCAGCGGUUCCAACCGGAACACGCCACAACAUAACCUGCAGAAAAACAGAAGGAAACAAAUUCUCAGCUACACGCCAUGGUUCAGCUGCUAAAUAUUUCACUGUAAUACGUUAUUUGAAUGUACAUAGAAUAGUGUUUUUGUACAGUAGGAGAAAUGUAAAAUAAUAUUUCAGGCAAUAUUAAAGGCUGCUGUACAUUUGUAAAGGUUUUUGUAUAUUUGCUUGUGAGAUUUAAAAAAAAAAGCUCCUUUUGUAAAACGUUGGUACCAAACGAACUGAAAGGUGUGGUUCUUUGGUUUGGUCCUGAUUGUUUUUCAAAAGUCCGUCUUCCAGGUGUAAUAAAAAUACAGGAAACCCCAGAA